GUUUUUUUCCCAUUAUAUUUUCCUCUUACUUUACUUUUCCUUUCUUUUAUUGUUCUCUUUUAUCCAAUCAAACUUUCUGGUACUAAGUGCAGGCCGUCAGAGCUUGUUUUCCGAGUUUCAUGAGAUUUUUCCCUCUUCUGCCAUUUUGCAGCGGAAGAAAACACCUCGAAGCUCUCCAUUACUGGAUUACGCCAUUUGACGGAAUUUAAUUCAGAAUUACCAUCACUUCCGGCGAUUUUCGUAUAGAUCUUCUCUGAGGUGCGACGGAGAUUGAUAAUUUAAUCGGAGAUGGAUAUCGACGGUACGAGGGAAGGCGGACAACAGGAAGACGGACAUGGCGGUCACGUCGGUAAAAUCACGGACACUAUAUGGCGUCCUGUGGUGAAAACAACGGCAAGAUCUUCAGCCGUAUGCGUCGUCGUCGUCAUCCUACUCGUCGGCGCGUUGAUCUCCACGCACUUGCUCGACACCACUACUUUCGUUGGCGGGUUAGCUCAGAUAUCUUCGCCAAGUUCAAAAACAAGAGCCGAAAGCCCCAAAGAGCCCCGCCAACAAAUCGAAAUCCCACUCAACUGCAGUGCAUAUGAGCUCACACGAUCCUGCCCCAGACACUACCCGACGACUGCCGAAUACGAUGAUCCGGACGGUAACGCAAACACCACGUGUCCAGAGUACUUCCGUUGGAUCCAUGAAGAUCUACGGCCGUGGGCCUACACGGGGAUCACACGGGACAUGGUGGAGAGAGCAAGAGCUACGGCCAAUUUCAGGUUGACCAUCGUGAACGGGACGGCUUACGUGGAGAAAUACCAUAGGUCGUUCCAGACGAGGGAUGUUUUUACGCUGUGGGGGAUCCUACAGCUGUUACGGAAGUACCCGGGGAAAAUUCCCGAUCUGGACCUCAUGUUUGAUUGCGUUGACUGGCCGGUCAUCAAAUCCUUCGACUAUGGUGGGCCCAAUGCCACGACGCCACCUCCUUUGUUUCGUUACUGCAAGGAUGAUGAAACCCUCGAUAUCGUUUUCCCGGACUGGUCCUUCUGGGGAUGGCCUGAGAUUAAUAUAAAGUCAUGGGUGCCACUGUUAAAUGACCUAAUGGAAGGCAACGAGAGAAUCAAAUGGGACGAGAGGGAGCCGCAUGCUUACUGGAAAGGGAAUCCCGAGGUUGCCGAAACCAGACAAGAUCUCCUCAAAUGCAAUGUCUCCGACACACAGGAUUGGGGUGCUCGUGUCUAUGCCCAGAACUGGAUAAUUGAAUCGAAUCAAGGCUACAAAGCAUCAAACUUGGCAAACCAAUGUGUCCACAGGUUUAAGAUAUACGUGGAAGGGUCGGCAUGGUCGGUAAGUGAAAAGUACAUCCUGGCUUGCAACUCUCCGACCUUGCUCGUAAAACCCCGGUACUUUGAUUUCUUCACCAGAGGUUUGAAGCCAUUGCACCAUUACUGGCCCAUUAAGUCCGAUGAUAAGUGCAGAUCUAUUAAGUAUGCUGUCGACUGGGGCAACUCCCAUCCGGAAGAGGCCAAGGCCAUUGGAAAAGCAGCAAGCGAGUUCAUAAAGAAGGAUCUAAAGAUAGACUACGUGUAUGAUUACAUGUUCCAUCUCCUAAACGAGUACGGUAAACUGAUGAGAUACAAGCCGACCGUGCCCGUAAAAGCCGUCGAAUUCUGCUCGGAAUCAAUGGCUUGUCUGGCCAAUGGAAGAGAGAAGGACUACAUGAUAGAAUCGUUGGUGAAGGGUCCCUCGGUCACGAGCCCAUGCACGAUGCCUCCACCGUACGAUCCAGCAUCGAUUCAUGCUCUGCUUAGCGAAAAGGAGAAUUCGAUCAAGCAAGUAGACGAAUGGGAAAAGAAAUUCUACGAAAACCGAAGGUAACCAAAGUGUCCAU